CCAUGUGCUGAAAUUGAUGUAGACAAACAGGCAACAGAGCAAAGUGUCCCAGUGUCCCCUUUGACCACUGUUUUGGACCCACUCUAUUGGGUCUGCCUUCUUGCACUUGUUCCCUGGGGUUCCUACAAGGUACCACAAACUGAGCUGCCUAAACAACACACACGUGGUCUCUCUUGACUCCCUUGACCUUAGAAGUGAAGGCGCGGGUGUGGCCCAUUCCUUCUGAGGCCCUGAUUGGGGGGCCCAUUCCCGGCCUCUUUCCCGCCUUCUGGGGCUUUGCUGGCAAUCUGUGCCCAUUCUUGGUUUCUGCUGCAUCACUCCGAGCUCUGCCAUCAUCCUCCCUGACGUUCUCCCUGUGUGAGUCCCUGGCCCCAGUUUCCCCCUUUUGUAAGGACGCUAGUCCUUCCUCCUGGACUGGGGCCCGUCCUCAUGACCACACCGUCACCUGAUCAUUGACAAAGGCUCUGUUUCUAAAGAAGGUCACAUUCUGAGAUAUUGACGGCUAGGAUCCCCAGCAGAUCUUUCUGGGGCACAGAGUUUAGCCCAGAACACUCCGCUGCCAGGAUGACAUCUCUGGUAACCCAGAGGGGUCCUGUUACUUGAGGCUGUAAUAAGGAACAGUCUCUCCUGGCUUGCUGGUGGGCUAGUGAACAUCUCACUGCCACAUCCGGGUUCUCUCUCUCCCUGUGGAUCUGCAGCUCUCCACUUCCUCCCACCCCCCAUGGAGGGCCUGUGAUCUCUUCUGUCUCUGCUCCUCCUUAACCCUUCCUUCUCCUCAUUGGACCACUUCUUUCUCCGCCAGGGGCAGGGGUGGAGAAGGGGAAAUGGAAGAGAAGUGACACAAACAUUUCCUUGUUGCUUCCGGUAGCUCUCCCCCUGCCCAGCCAUCUGUCCUUUAUCACGCGGGAGGCCGCGUGAUAGCUUUGUCGGGGUGCAGAGCCUGUGACACGAGCAGGGGCUCUCUUCGCAGACCUCUGUGCCCGCUCCUGGCUCAGUGCUCUUGCUUCCCAGGGCUGGCUCUCUGUGUCCCGCAGGCAGCCUGCUUUCUCCCCAGGUUGUUCAGGCUCCCCUAGCUUCCUGCCCCCCACGUGGCCCCGGGGAACGCUGCAUCCUUGUUCUAACACAGGCAGGCCGUGCAGGUGUCUCCCAUUCCUGCCCCCACCCCCCACCCCCCCACCUGGCCACCACGGUGGCCUCUGCCGGCUUCUCACUUCCAAGAGCUCCCUCCUGCCGUUGGGCUCCCGCAUCUGCAAAGCUUCCCCCAGAACGCUUGCGCCCCCCUCUGUUGAACCACCACGUGCCCAUGUGUUUCUGUAGCUGGGUAUGCGUCCAGCCUGGGGAGCCAGGUUACUCCCCCACUUUUGCCGGCUCAACCGUCCCUCUUGUCUUGGGAGGGGGGUAAAACACCAUGUAUCUACGUCUUCAGUAGUGCCCCUCCCUGCUCCUUCGCUCUUCCUUAUCCGAAGGAAGGUGUCUGUUAGGUUGGGUCUGCCAGCUCCUCCAGAGAAUUUGGGGUGUCUGGGAAUUGAGCUAAAACUUCAGGUACCCGGGGAAAAUACCACCCAUCUCUGCCUGUUACCCAUCUGUGAGUCAUGUGUUUGUGAAUUUCAUAGCUUCCUUUUUAUUUAUUUAUUUUUUCCCCACUUACUGGUGUUGCCAGAAGCUAGUUCUUACAGAUAUUCUGUAACAGUUUAAGUUGAUUCAUAGCAUGGCAUGCUUUGAUUGUGUCAUAAUUGAUUAACCAAUCUGUUAUUUUUAAGCACUUAGGUAGUCUCCAAUUUAAAAACCAAAACCAAAACUCCCUCGGAAUUCUUUAUGGAGUUUCUGUAAUUCUAGAGUUUGAGCGUCUCUGCAGACUUCUUGGACCCAACUCCAGUGUGUGUCUGUCCUGAGUAGGAACAUUCCUAAGACCAACCUCGUGUCUGUUCAGGAGAGAGAUAGGUGUGGGGUCCCGUUGAUGAUUCCAGCCACAGUAAACUUGCUCCUGAACCUUCGUGUUCCUGUCCCCUGGCCAAAUGAGGAAAGGAGGAGGAGGGCUCAGGAGAAGCCAUCAGAUCUUGUCCCAUGUUUGGUGUCUGCUUUCCCCCGCCCAGCAGGGAAGGACCAUGUCCCAGGGCUCAUUGUCAUUCCGAGACGUGGCUGUGGGGUUCACCCGUAAGGAAUGGCAGCAUCUGGACCCCGCUCAGAGGACGCUGUACCGGGAUGUGAUGCUCGAGAAUUACAGCCACCUGGUCUCAGUAGGGUGUCAGGUCACGAAACCGGCUGUGAUCUCCAGGUUGGAGCGAGGCCAAGAACCGUGGAUGGAGGAGGAAGAACUCGUCAGAUGGAGCUUUCCAGAAGCAAUUUUGCAAGUCGACUGUCACGCAGGCAGACCACGGGAGCACCGAGCCACACUUCUGCGGAGCGGCGCCUUCCUGGACGGCCGGGAACCGACGGAGAGAGGGCCCCGGGCCUCGGUCCGCCAGAAGGCAGACCUUGAUCCCUCACAACGGCAGGGGUGCGCCUGUGACUCGUGUGGCGCGAGUCUGCCGCGUCACGGAGACGGUAGUCCCACCGCCUACCUGGCCAGGAGGCGCUUCGAGUGCGACCAGCAGGGGAACGUGUUCCUCUACUCCAGGCCCGACGGCCCGGCUCCGGGCGCGCAGCCGCGGCAGUGGCAGUGUGAGCGGUGCGGGUGGCCGGGAGGCCGGGCCCGCCGCGGGGAGCCCUUCCCGUGCGAGGUGGCCGUGCGCGCCGAUCCGCGGCUGCACGCGGGCCCCGCGGCCCCCGAGGCCGGCCUCUCCAGCCGCCUGGGCUGCCAAGAGCCGCCCGGCGGCCCCGCGCCGCCCCCGGGGUCCGGCCCAUCGCUGCCCGCUGCCCUUCUGGCCGGGGGGAAGCCCUACAAGUGCUCCGAGUGCGACAAGACCUUCUCGCACAAGUCCCGCCUCGUCGAGCACCACCGCUCGCACACGGGCGAGAAGCCGUACGGCUGCGGCCAGUGCGGCAAGGCCUUCUCCCGCAAGUCGUGCCUCCUCAUCCACCACCGCAUCCACACCGGCGAGAAGCCGUUCGGCUGCGGCGAGUGCGGCAAGGCCUUCUUCCAGAAGUCGCACCUCAUCCUGCACCGGCGGACCCACACGGGCGAGAGGCCCUACGAGUGUGGUGAGUGCGGGAAGGCCUUCUCGCAGAACUCCUGCCUCAUCAUCCACAGGAGGACCCACAUGGGCAAGAAGCCGUACGAGUGCUCUGAGUGCGGCAAGACCUUCUCCCAGAAGGCCAACCUCAUCCGCCACCACGGGAUCCACACCCGGGAGAAACUGCACGGCUGACGGGCACAGCCGCCGUGGGCCUCCCUCCCGCGUCCCCGCGCGUCUGGGAACGCGAGGACAAACCUCCGCGUGUCCCCCGCGCGCACCACCCUUCAGUGGGAAAUCCGGUGCCCCCGCGGGAAGAGAGCACGACCGAGGGGAAGCCCCUCCCUCGACCGUAGCGAGGGGAGGGUGAGGACACUCUAGAGCCACCUGUUUUUACAAGAGCUGCCUCCUGACAGAGGGGAUCGCUGUGAAUUCACUCUGGUCGUUGAGCUUUCGAUUCUGUAAAUAAAUGUAAUCAUUUAAGACAACAGCUGUGAGCAA